AUGGCGAACCCUCCCCACGGCGGUAUCCUCAAGGAUUUGCUCGCACGAGACGCUCCUCGCCAUGAUCAGCUCGAGGCCGAGGCCGAGACUCUGCCCUCGAUCCUGUUGAGCGAGCGCCAGCUUUGCGAUCUGGAACUGAUCCUCAAUGGCGGUUUCUCUCCCCUUGAAGGUUUCAUGAACGAGCAGGACUACAAUGGCGUUGUCAAGGAGAACCGUUUGGCCAAUGGCUUGCUCUUCAGCAUGCCCAUUACUCUGGACUUGACCAAGGAGACCAUCGCAGAGCUGGGCCUGAAGGCCGGUGUGCGAGUCGUGCUGAGAGACUUCCGCGACGAUCGCAACCUCGCCAUCUUGACAGUCGAGGAUGUGUACAAACCGGAUAAGGCUGUUGAGGCAAAGGAGGUUUUUGGCGGUGAUGAGGAGCACCCUGCUGUAAGGUAUCUCUUCAAGACUGCCAAUGAGUACUACGUUGGUGGUAAGCUGGAGGCAAUCAACCGCCUACAGCAUUAUGACUUUGUCGACCUCAGAUACACUCCUGCCGAGCUCCGAUUGCACUUCGACAAGCUAGGCUGGUCUAGAGUCGUUGCUUUCCAGACCCGAAACCCCAUGCACAGAGCACACAGAGAGCUGACCGUCCGCGCUGCUCGCUCCCACCACGCUAACGUACUCAUUCACCCCGUGGUUGGCUUGACUAAGCCCGGUGAUAUCGACCACUUCACUCGUGUCCGCGUCUACAAGGCGUUGCUGCCGAGAUAUCCCAAUGGCAUGGCCGUGUUGGGUCUGCUACCUCUUGCUAUGCGCAUGGGAGGUCCCCGUGAGGCUAUCUGGCACGCCAUUAUCCGCAAGAACCACGGCGCUACCCACUUCAUUGUCGGCCGCGACCAUGCCGGCCCGGGCAAGAACAGCAAGGGCGUGGACUUUUACGGGCCAUACGACGCUCAAUAUGCUGUUGAGAAGUACCGCGACGAGCUUGGUAUUGAGGUCGUUCCCUUCCAGAUGAUGACAUACCUACCGGACAGCGACGAGUACGCUCCCGUCGACGAGAUUCCCAAGGGUGUCCGCACCCUGAACAUUUCCGGCACAGAGCUCCGUGCGAGAUUGCGAAGCGGACGCGACAUUCCUGAGUGGUUUUCUUACCCCGAGGUUGUCAAGGUCCUCCGAGAGUCUCACCCUCCACGAUCUCAACAAGGUUUCACCAUCUUCCUGACCGGUUACCAGAACAGCGGAAAGGAUCAGAUUGCCAGAGCGCUGCAGGUGACUCUGAACCAGCAGGGCGGGCGCUCCGUCUCCAUGCUUCUCGGAGAGACUGUCCGAAGCGAGCUUUCCUCUGAGCUCGGCUUCAGCCGUGAAGAUCGUACCAAGAACAUUGGCCGCAUUGCCUUUGUCGCAUCAGAGCUGACCCGAUCUGGUGCCGCCGUCAUCGCCGCCCCCAUUGCGCCUUUCGAGGACUCAAGACAACACGCUCGUGAGCUCGUCGAGAAGUACGGUGAUUUCUACCUCAUCCACGUGGCGACUUCUCUCGAGUACUGCGAGAAGACCGACAAAAGAGGCAUCUAUAAGAAGGCUCGUGCCGGUGAGAUCAAGGGCUUCACCGGUGUCGAUGACCCGUAUGAGGUGCCUGCCAAGGCCGAGUUGGUGGUCGAUGCCGAGAAGCAGACAGUGCGAUCCAUCGUUCACCAGAUCGUCCUUCUUCUCGAGAGCCAGGGACUACUGGAUAGGCUGUGA